AUAGUAGUACGAUUAAAGGUGGUAAGUACAGGUAUAGUACUCUCUGUGAACUAACUGGUCCUAAACUCGCGCUUAUAUACGCGAAUCGAGAGGAGGAGGAAAGAGGAGCUGGUCGUGCGAGCGAGAUACUUAUAGACAGCGACGGCCAGGAAUAAGCGACACGAGCUAGCGGGAAUAUAGUGGGAAAACCAGAGCCACCUUGCGCGCACGCUCGCGACGCCUCGGUCUUCUCUCUCGCGCUCGCGCACCACCAGACCCAGUCAGCAGCUCGGCUUUGAGGGCUCGCGCGAUCGGCGCGUUUGACAACAAAGCAACGACCGCCCGCGCAGCGCCGAGAGGGACGGAGAGAGCCAGAGAGCGACAACCGGAGCUGCAUGCAGGCUGCUGCUGCUGAAGGAGACGUAGACGUAAGACGUAGCAGAAGGCCAGAGAGAGAGAGAGAGAGAGCUGUGUGAGUGUGUGACAGCAUCUACGUGCGUGCGUGUGGAGUCUAGGUGAAAAAAGAGCCAUAGAGAGGCGGUGCGGAGACUGCGAGGGAGAGUGUCGUGGCCGCGAGGAAAGGAGCGGGAAAGAGAUAGUGAGAGUGAGCCGUAGGCGCAUCAGGAGAGCGAGCGAGAGAGACGUCGCUCGCCCGUCGCCGUCGUCGAUUCGCAGGCCAUCUUGCCGAGAGAUAUGCCGUGCUGUCGCGGUCCCGAACGUCAACAAUCAUCAUCGUCAGCUCUGAGCCGCGAGUCUUGAUGCCACGGCGUGGCAGCUUCUCCUCGCCAAAGCGCAACAGCCGCCAGCAGCACUAGACGUAGCGGAAACAGCAGUGACGUCCUCCUCCCGAUCGGCCCCUCGUCCCGUCGUCGAUACUCCUCGUCGCAGAUCAAUCACGAAGCAGGAUGAACCGCGCGGAUGGCCUGGUGCAGCGGCGUCGCGGCACGGCCAACAGCGGCAACGGUACCGGAACUCAGGAUGGCUCCAACGACGGCCAGGGCAGCCACUCGAAUCCACAGUCGCCCCACGACUCGGACGGUUCCUCCGUCAAGGAUCUCAACUCCAACCCCGCCCUCGACGAGGACAGCGACAAGGAAACCAGGCUCACGCUCAUGGAGGAGGUGCUCCUGCUUGGACUCAAAGAUAAGGAGGGAUACACUUCCUUUUGGAAUGACUGCAUAAGCUCAGGACUGCGUGGAUGCAUUUUGGCAGAACUUGGACUUCGAGGACGCGUAGAAUUGGAGAAGGCAGGAAUGAGGAAAAGAGGACUGUUGAGCAGAAAGCUGUUGUUAAAGAAUAAUGCUCCUACAGGAGAUGUUUUAUUGGAUGAGGCAUUGAAACACCUUAAAGAAACAGAUCCCCCAGAAACAGUACAGAGUUGGAUUGAAUACCUAAGUGGGGAAACAUGGAAUCCAUUAAAACUACGUUAUCAGCUAAAAAAUGUCAGAGAAAGACUUGCAAAAAAUCUUGUAGAAAAAGGAGUUUUAACUACAGAAAAACAAAAUUUUCUUCUUUUUGAUAUGACAACUCACCCAUUAACGGAUAAUCUUGCAAAAACUCGACUUGUGAGGAAGAUACAAGAAGCGGUACUUGGUCGAUGGGUAAACGACGCCGGCCGUAUGGACCGACGCACACUGGCACUAAUAAUUCUUGCGCAUGCAGCAGAUGUUCUCGAAAAUGCGUUUGCCCCCCUGUCCGAUGACGACUAUGAGGUAGCAAUGCGCCGAGUCAGGACGCUUCUCGAUCUAGACUUCGAAUCUGAGGCAGCAAAACCCAAUGCGAAUCCUGUACUGUGGGCUGUCUUUGCAGCAUUCACCAAGUAACGACUGCUGCUGCAAUAAGAUUUCCAGAAUUUAAUAAAAGUGCAACAGAUACACGGAAGUAAACGACCUACGAACCAAUCAAACCGCAUCAGUAGAAAUGAUUUGCUGUGGCAGCUACAAGUCCUAGGAAGUAACAACGAGAGCAUAAGUUUUUUUUUUACUGUAAUUGAAUGCUCUAGCAAAUUUGUGCUACCGCAGACUUCAUCUUUUAUCGAUUCUAUCUUACGCGUUCGUUGUCGAUUAUUUAACGAUUACAGUAAAAACAUCAAUUGAAAACGUUUAGCUACAUCAGCAAAUAAAUUUCUACGUGUGGCACGGAAGAUGCCAAGAUAGGGCUUCGCUUAUACUUUUUUCUAGAAUGUACGAAUCAUGUUUUUAAAAAUAAAGACUAUUUAUGAGCAGUCUUCGUUUUGGAAGAUCUGCCAAACAAACGAGGUAGGACGAUCGAAGGUGGCUGGUUUUUUGGUGACAUUUGAUCUCUCGAUUUGCGGAGAGAGACACGGCUUACGAAUAAUAAUUGAACCAGAAAGUGACAACAUUGUGUGGGAUGUUACACUGAGAUUCGGCUGACGCAUCGCUCAUGCCAUUUUCGAAAUAAAACCAAAUCAAUUUCUAUAUCUGGCCAAGCUCCAGCAUACCGACAGUCGUGAGAACUGUUGUUGUGUACAGUAACUUUUGCGAAUUGCUGAUGACGAGUGAACGUUUCGUCUUUAACGAUAAUACGAUAAACUUUGCGAGAUCAUAAAUAUUUCGACUGCUUUGUGUAAACGUAGAGUUGACCAAGAAAUGAGUGCGUCAAUCUCGGUACAAUGCAUCGAAACUUACAGUUAAAGUAUGAAGAAGCACAAGUUUGAGAAGUCUUCAAACGACACAGUCUUUAUUGUGUUUUAAAUUAAAACUUGAUUUUAGCAUUUUUUUUGGAUUACAAGAUGUUAUUGAGAGAUAAAUUGUUUGUUAAUAGAAUAUUCCAUUGGUUUUAAUUUUUCUGUUAAUAUAUAUUCUAAGAGAAACUAUAUGUUGAACUUGAAUGAAGUAGAACGUAUGUGGGAUUAUUGUCAUGUAUUAUGAAAAAGUAAAUCAAAGACGAGACGACGUAGCAUCGAAGAGUGAUUUUUCGACAUUUUUCGAGAAGGUUAUCAGUAAAAUGUAAUCAUAGUGUGAAUUUUUGGCUCGAUCGUUAUCUCCUUUUUUUUAAUUCGACAUAGAGAUGAUUGUACAAAAAUUUACAUAGAAAAGAAGGAUAUUAUAUCAUAUACUUAUGAAUAAUAGUUACUUAUUAUCAUUAUCAUAUUAUUACUAUUAAAUAUUGUAUUAAGAGUAAAUGUAAUAAAAUGAAUAACAAAAA